AUGAAUGAAUCUGCCUCUAGUGGAAAUGGUCAAGAGUUUGAUGUAUUUAGUGCUAUGGACUGGAAGGAUGGCAUAGGUACUUUGCCAGGAAGUGACCUAAAGUUUAGAGUGAAUGAAUUUGGGGCCCUAGAAGUGAUUACAGAUGAAACGGAAAUGGAAAGUGUUAAAAAGGCAACUGCUACCACAACCUGGAUGGUUCCAACUGCUCAAGAAGCCUUUUCAGAAAAGAUGGGGAUCCCCACAAGGUUGAAGGAUACUGCAAAAAUGGAUGGACUUGUUUUCUGUGAAAACUGUUACUGCUAUGGUACCAUAGAAGAAUUUGUUCCUGAAGGGAAAUUUUGCAGCCAGAAAUGCGCCCAGCAAGUAAAAAACAAAGAAACAAAGGAGGAAAAGCCCAGUGUGGAAUGCAAUGGGGAAGAUGAUUCCAGAGGCAUUCGGAAAAGAAAAGCAAAGUUACCUCUCAAAGAAGAGUCCAGGGAUAAUGAGGAGAAGAAAGAGAGUCCCGAUGAAACUGAGGACAAACCUGGGAAGGAUCUUGAGAGUCUCACAGAGAACCAGGAGAAAAAGAAAAGGGGAAAUAACAGUUUUGAGACAAA